AAGUGGGCAAGGUGGAUUAAAACCAAACGAGUUAGCCCAUAUAUCUAUAGAAAGUAAAAACGUUUCUUGCUCUCUCUUGUUUCUUCUUCCAUCUCGCACUAUCCGCGACUAGUUCAAUAGAUCUCAAGCCUCAGUUUACUCUUCAAUCAUGUCAGGCAAGUAUAUCAUAUCUGCUGUGAUUGGAUCAUUUGGAGUUGCAUGGGUCUGUGAUCAUAUUAUUUCAGACAAGAAGAUAUUUGGAGGUACUACCCCUGGCACUGUUUCAAACAAGGAGUGGUGGGAAGAGACUGACAAAAAAUUGCAGUCAUGGCCUCGUACUGCUGGUCCACCAGUGGUCAUGAAUCCCAUAAGCCGCCAAAAUUUCAUUGUGAAGUCUCACACUGAGUCUUGAAUUUUUUUGUUAAUUGAUUUUGAAUUAAUUGGGUCACCUUUGUGAUGGGAUGUCCUCCAUAAAUCAUAACCAUGUUUGAGGUGAGACUCUUGCAGUUCAACUGGUGUUGGAUGUUUUACCAUGUGAACGUUUUUAUGUCUAAAUAAAAUGUUACUGAAGCAAUCUUGGAUUAAAUGAUACAUGUUCAUGUAUUCAAACUCUUUGUUUAGUCUUUGACCUUGCUAUGGAUGGGAA